AUGCUACUCGAGUUCUUUUCCAACGGGUUUGUCUGGACGUUCGUUGUAAUCAUCGCGGCCUUGUAUCAUUUUUUGAAAAAGGAUCGUCCAAUUUUUCCAAUCGUGAACAAUUACCCCGGGGAUUACUUUCGUCAAAAAGCAUAUUCUGCAUAUGACAAGAAUGCUAAAAAGUUAAUCGUUGAAGGACUCGUCGAAAACCGCGGUCCCAUCGCGAUACUUGCACCUGGCGGUAUGAAAAUCGUGCUGCCGUCUGCUCUGAGUGAUUGGGUAAAGACGAACAGAGACCUCGAUCACCAAGAACUUGUCCGAGAGCAGUUCUUUGCUCAUUUUCCCGGAUUCGAGGCUCAAUAUACACUCCAUUGCUCCGACAGAAUACUGAUCAACCUGUUGCGGACAAAACUAUCUCAAAACGAGGAGAUAAUGCCCAUCAUCAAUCAGCAUAUCGGGCCAGCUUUGCAGUAUUACUGGAGUGAUAGCAAGGCGUGGCAUUUCCUUGAUUGGGAGAAUGAUACAACUGGGAUUAUUUCGCGGGCAGCGGCCUCCAUUUUCGUUGGCCCAGAAAAGGCCACGGAUCCCGAGUGGCAGAAUAUAGUCCAGAGCUAUGUGCGUGAGUUUUUCGCUGCCGCGGGUGAGCUUAGUGGUUGGAAGGUACCAUUACGACCAAUUGUACAAUGGGUUUUGCCUCAUGCUUCAGCGUGCCGUGACCUUCGUCGUCAAGCUUGCAACGUCAUGGAGAAUGUGGUUCAAAGGAGGAUACAAGAAGCAAAGGCCGCCGAGGCUCAAGGCGCAGCAGUACCUCAGUACAACGAUGUUGUUGACUGGACUAUGCAAAUCUCUGAGAACAAUCACUCAGCCGGCGAUAUCCAGCUCGCUUUGGCUAUGGCAGCACUUUUCACUACUAGCGAGAUCUUCAGGCAAAUCCUCAUCGAUAUUGCAAGGCAUUCCGAGCUUUUGGAGCCACUUCGACAGGAAAUAAAAAAGGCUUUGGCGGAUCACGACCUAGGACUAGCCGCGCUGGCAAAGAUGGAGCUACUCGAUAGCGUGAUGAAAGAAUCGCAACGGCAGAUUCCUAUAUCUGGUUAG